UCGCCGCAGACCCGCUCGCUUUCCCAUCCCUCCGUUUCCGCAUACCGCACACACACAUACACAGCUCCUGCCUUACACCCAGAGCCUACUACGCAUCCUUGCAGCGCUGCGGAGCGAUGCGUCCGCGAUGCGCGCUCUCUCCUUCCUCGCCGAUCCCAUCACCGAUCAGUCUGUAGGUCCGGAUCGAUUCAUGGUUCUUCUUUUUGAUAUGCAAAUUCUGACUUUCCGUUGCGGCGCUGGUCGGAGCUGAGAGGGCGAGAGGUAGAGAGGAGGGAGAGAUGAGAGGACGCGCAUCAUCAGAUGUUUAGCAGAUUAACUUUGGAUCCUCGCCAUCAUCUCUGCUGUGCGUUUUUGGAUCUUUGUCCUCCUCUCCACCUGCCGGAGGGUUGUUGAAGUUUGGCGGGGUUCUCAAUGCGGUAAUCAGAGGGAAUAUGUGAAGAUCAUGCUGGUGGUGUGGUGCUUCAUGGUCUUUGGUGCAGUGGGCGAGAGGCUUGCGGUGGCAGGUGCAGGUGGAGGUUUGUGGGACUGGUUUGCCCCCUCAGGCCAGCAGGAUAAUGGGGACACUGAGAUCACCUAUCCCAAACGCCUGGUGCAGCAGAUCAAGUCAGAGGAGGAAAUGGCUCAUGGCUUCUUGGAUACCAGGGUAAAGAAUAGCAGUGGGGGCAGCUUGCCUGUCCACCUGGCCCUGAGCUGUUUUCAAGUCGAAGCCUUCGGACACACCUUCACUCUUGACCUAGAACUAAACCAUCACCUGCUGUCUUCAGAUUAUGUGGAGAGGCACUUUAACUACAAUGGCAAACCCUUGCAGUCUAUGGGAGGAGAGCACUGCUACUACCAGGGAAGGCUAAGAGGUUUACCAGACUCCUGGGCAGCUGUCUCUACGUGUCACGGCCUGUGUGGCAUGUUCUCUGAUGGUUUCUACUCUUAUGGAAUUGAGCCUGUUCACAAUGCAAGCAAUGAGGAGGAUGGAGCUCAUUUAAUCCGCAGGAUGCCUGAUAUCAGACUUUCCCAGCACUGUCUAGAGUGUAAAGAGAAUAAUGAGAAGGACAGCAGUGAAAGUGUUGAAGACGACAGCAAACCAGACCUCAAUCAGGAUCAGCAGGUGACUGGGGGGCUGAGGAGAUCCAAAAGGUUUGCCCGCAGGCCCUCUGUUCAGAUGGAGACCAAAUACAUUGAGCUGAUGGUGGUAAAUGAUUACGAUUUGUUUGUGCAGCUGCGUCGCUCGAGCAGCCAAACCAAAAACUUUGCCAAAGCUGUAGUCAACACAGCAGACACGAUCUUUCAGGAGCAGCUGAACACCAGGAUUGUUUUGGUAGCCAUGGAAACCUGGACCUCAGAAAACCUGAUGCCGGUGAUGGAGGACCCGCUGAUUACGCUGCAGAACUUCAUGAAGUACAGGAAGGACAGCAUCAGGGAGCAGAGUGACGUUGUUCAGCUUUUCUCAGGACGUACAUUUCACAGUAGCCGCAGUGGGACCGCCUACACAGGAGGGGUGUGUUCUCCAACAAAAGGAGGAGGAAUUAAUGAGUAUGGUAGUGUCGGGGCAAUGGCCAUCACUUUGUGUCAAAGCCUUGGCCAGAACAUUGGGAUGAGAUGGAACAACGCGCGGACCUCAGCAAGUGAGUGCAGAUGCCCAGAUGCCUGGGUAGGAUGCAUAAUGGAAGACACUGGAUAUUAUCUGCCCAGAAAGUUUUCUCGCUGUAGUGUUGACGAGUACAUCCAGUUCUUGCUCAAGGGGGGUGGCAGCUGCCUCUUUAACAAACCCAAUAAGCUGUUGGAUCCUCCUGAGUGCGGAAACGGCUUUGUGGAGCCAGGAGAAGAGUGUGACUGUGGAUCUCAGGUGGAGUGCGCCCGCAGGGGGGGAUCCUGCUGCAAAAAGUGUACCCUUACCCAUGAUGCCAUGUGCAGUAAUGGACUCUGCUGCAGUGGCUGUAAAUAUCAGCUGAGAGGUGUUGUUUGUCGAGAGGCCGUGAACGACUGUGAUAUUUCUGAAACCUGCACAGGAGACUCCAGCCAGUGCCCUCAUAAUGUCCACAAACUGGAUGGAUACAUGUGUGAUAGCAGCCAGGGGCGCUGUUAUGGCGGACGCUGCAGGACUCGUGAUGGACAAUGCAAAGGACUCUGGGGUUAUAAUUCAGCAGACAGGUUCUGUUAUGAGAAGCUGAAUGCUGAAGGGACCGAGAAGGGAAACUGUGGUCUUGGGCCUGGAGGGAAAGGCUGGCUUCAGUGCAACAAGCCGGAUGUACUAUGUGGCUUCCUUUUCUGUGCAAAUGUCACAACAAAGCCAAAAUUUGGUGACCUGCAAGGUGAGGUGACCAGCUUCACCCUCUAUCAUCAGAACAAGUACCUGGACUGCAGAGGCGGCCAUGCUUUGCUAGAGGACGGCUCAGACAUGGGCUACGUCGAGGAUGGCACGCCCUGCGGUCCCAACAUGAUGUGUUUGGAGAGACGCUGCCUCCCUGUCUCAGCCUUUAACCUCAGCGUCUGUUCAGGAUCGAAAUUUGGACACAUUUGCUCCGACCAUGGGACCUGCAGCAAUGAGGUGAAGUGUAUCUGCGACAGGGACUACACAGGAAAGGACUGCAGUGUUUUCGAUCCCAUCCCUGAGCCCACAGUCCCAACCGGCCCGGAGAAAAAAGGUCCCAGUGGCACCAAUAUCAUAAUAGGGUCCAUCGCAGGUGCUAUUCUCCUGGCAGCUAUAGUCCUAGGGGGAACAGGAUGGGGAUUUAAGUAAGAGUUCUGGCAUGCCUUUGUGUUCCUGUCUGCUUCUACCUUAAGAACCCCCAUCCGCCCCUCCCACUAUCACCAGUCUGAAAUAGGUGCAACUCAUUGCACUGUAACUGGGAGGGGAAAUGGGGAGUAAACUUUAAGAUGCUUUCACUGCUUGAAUGCUUUAGGGUUUAAGAUCAAUUCACCCCUUAAUCCUCUUUCUAGCGAAGUCCCUUGCAGUAAUGACAGAAAAGAAGUAAAAAAUUUCUCUGCCAGGAUCUGUUAGAAUCAAUCUCUUUUACACCACUGGUGCCACAUCUGGAAGUUCCCUUUACUUUUGGUUCAGUUUUCUUUUUUUUUUGCCUGACAUUACCUUGCAAAAGUUUUAAAAUAUCCCAAAUUCAUUAAAACUUUACUUCCAUGGAGUAAGACUUUCUUUUAAUCUUCAAGCAUGCUCUUAAUUAUUAGUUCACUUGAAGCAAAUUUGAAGGGAAAACAAAAGAAAUGAAGAUUAAAAAAAAAAGAAAUUAGGGAUGAUUCAAGACUUUUGCACAGUAUUAAACAUGUCGGCUUAACCAAAGCAGUCUUUUUCCUCUUCUACUUUCAUUACCUUUCUGAAGCCUCUGUUGUUUAUUUUCCUCAGUAGGCCUCAUCCUUACCCUAAAUCCUCUAACAGAAGUGCAACAUCGCCUUUGCAUGCUUGCUAUUGGUCGCUAUGGAAGUUCUGACCUAAAAGGACUGGUUCUACUGGCUAAUUAACUUGUCUAUUUAAAAGUUAUGAAUAACUGCAUGUCAGUCCUUUUAGGGCCAAUGGGACAGUGCUGGUCACAUUUAAUAACAUCUCUGGUAAAGAUGCACUAAAAAGCCUUAACUGAAUAUUUUUUCUUUAUCUACUAUAAUGGCUUUUUCCAAAUUCUGUAAAGGUCUAACCUCUAAAUAGUUAAUAUAUACUUGGUCAAUUUAGAAAAUGUAAAGUAUACAUCUUUUAGAAUGUCCAGUCAUAUCCUAUUAAAAUAAUUAUGAAGUAUUUCAAGUAUUUCAUAACCUGAUUUUUCUUAGUCAAAUGUGGCCGGCAUUGUACAUUUAGGUGUCUGUGCAUGUGUGCGUGAGCAAGUUUCCUCCUAUUGGUCAGAUUUAUGAACCAUUUCUAUGGUGCUCAGUGCUUUUAUGACUUUAAUCUGACAGUAUAUCAAUUUGGCAAAACUGUCAGAUUAAAUUAGACUAACAAAUCAUUGUCUGAUUUAUGCUUUGUGCUUAAAUCUAAAAGUGUUUUCCAGCGUUGCUGACACAAUAUAAACCAGUUGAAGUUUUAGUCUGAUUUUUGCAGAGUGAGAUCUUUUAAGAUGAAUAUUUGAUCUUUUACUUGUACAGCUGGUCUUCAUGUUUUUUCGUUUGGUCCCAUUUUAAGCAAUGUUUUAAUAAUCUAAAAGUAUCUGUAAAUACCUUUAUGUUCGAUUGUUUUUUCUGGUCUGGCUGGUUUAACCUGUUUUAACAUUUGUCUCCUUUCUUGAUGUGCUUCAAUGAUGCAGAAACAUUCGAAGAGGAAGAUCUGGAGGAGGAUAAGAUCACACUCUGUCCCUCUGUCUCUGUCUUGUCCACGCUUGUCUUCCUCCUCGUGUCGUUUCCACGUUCAAAUAGAGGGGAAUAAGAAAAGAAAACACAAGUCUUCCAUUUCAACCCCAAGAUCUCUCCAAAUCUCCUUAGAUAAUCACUUCCCCCAAACUCCUAUCUGUCCCUUUCAUUUGUUCCCUUUGGGGA